CACUAUCAAUGUGCCGGUAGAGUAAACAACACCUACCUACCUAUUCUCGCCGCGUACUCCUUUUUCGUGCUCGUUGAUCGGUGUCUUCAGUUUGAAUCUGUAAUUGGCGCGGCUGGAUUAGUUUAGGUGCGGGCGAUUUGUGAGAAUCAGGAUUACCAGAUAAUUCAUUAUAGAUAAAAACUACUGAAGAGGACUUCACAUCACCGGGGACCUUGCGAAGAUUUCAAAUGCUAUGUUAGGCGCAGAGUAUGCAAGCCUUAGCAAAGGCAGGCAUCUUCUAGCCUGGGUUCUGAGCCAAACCGACGUCUGGUAUUUACUGUAUCGCUGCGCGCAUUACGUCGGAAAAAAUCAGGGAGCAACUAGUAGCGUUUCCGUUCUGGAUAACCUCUUUACCUUGGAUGAGGAAAAUGUGGAUGUUAAUGAUUGCGACAAUCCUAGCAAUCCACUAGAAAGAUUUGCAGAAACACUAAAUAAUGGCGCUCUUAGUUUAUCUCCUCCGCACGUUAUAUCCCAACGCGAAAGCGUGCAGAUAAUGCAACCUGCAAGCGCCCCGGGCUCUCCUCCCUCCAGUCCUUGCGCCUCACCUUUGGGACCAACUGGAACAGAAGAUCCCAACUGGCAAGCAACGAAAACGACGGUUAGGGAACGAAACGCAGCCAUGUUCAACAAUGAACUUAUGGCAGAUGUUAAGUUCAUAGUCGGAAGCUCGGGUGCGACGCAAGUGAUACCGGCACAUAAGUACGUGCUUGCGACGAGCAGUUCGGUAUUCUACGCGAUGUUCCACGGGGGUUUAGCCGAAUGCAAAGAAGAAAUCGAAGUUCCUGACGUCGAACCUUCCGCUUUCCUUACACUACUAAAGUACCUAUAUUGUGAUGAAAUUCAACUAGAGGCGGACACAGUAUUAGCGACGUUAUACGUAGCGAAAAAGUACAUAGUCCCGCAUCUAGCUAGAGCUUGCGUAAAUUAUUUAGAAACUAGUCUUACCGCCAAAAAUGCCUGUUUGUUAUUAAGCCAGUCGCGAUUAUUCGAAGAGCCCGAUUUAAUGCAACGAUGCUGGGAAGUAAUCGACGCCCAGGCAGAAAUGGCAUUAAAAUCAGAAGGAUUUGUAGAUAUAGAUAUGUCGACAUUAGAAUCCGUAUUAGGAAGAGAAACUCUAAAUUGUAAAGAAAUGGUGUUACUAGAAGCAGCGCUCAAUUGGGCAACGGCUGAAUGUUUAAGACGAGAUUUAGAUCCGACCCCGUCGAAUAAGCGUUACGUAUUAGGAAAUGCCCUAUAUCUAGUCCGUAUUCCGACAAUGACAUUGGAGGAGUUUGCAAAUGGUGCUGCUCAAAUGGGAAUUUUAACGCAGCAAGAAACUAUUGAUAUUUUUUUCCAUUUCACAGCUAACAACAAGCCAAGCCUUGUGUAUCCUACUAAAUCACGAACAGGGUUGAAAUCUCAGGUAUGUCAUCGUUUUCAAUCAUGUGCCUAUCGUUCAAAUCAGUGGAGAUAUCGAGGACGUUGUGACAGUAUUCAGUUUUCUGUCGACAAAAGAAUAUUUGUUGUCGGUUUUGGACUUUACGGUUCGUCAAACGGCGCUGCAGAUUAUAAUGUUAAAAUUGAGCUUAAAAGAUUAGGUCGCGUUUUAGCGGACAAUAGCACAAAAUUCUUUUCUGACGGAUCUAGCAAUACGUUUCAUGUGUACUUUGAUAAUCCAAUACAAAUUGAGCCAGAAUCUUUUUAUACAGCAUCUGCAGUUUUAGAUGGCGGCGAGCUGAGUUACUUCGGUCAGGAGGGUAUGAGUGAAGUUUCCGUCGGGACUGUUACGUUUCAAUUUCAAUGCUCCUCUGAGAGUACUAACGGUACAGGUGUCCAAGGUGGACAAAUUCCAGAGCUUAUUUUCUAUGGACCUUCACCAGAUGAGCAUUGAGGGUUUUUGUUUCAAUGUGUACGUUUGGUUGUUAAAUAUUUAUGUGGGGGAUUAUUUUUCGUAAAGUGCUGUGAACAAAUGAUCUGACAUCAUUUGCCCUUUAUUUUUUGGUUUGGGUACGACUUGUUUAUUUUGUUCGUUACGCAUUAUACAAUUCCAGAUUAUCGCUUGUGAAGAAGAUAUUAGAUUAUAAAUAUGAAAUAUUGUGUUCAAAAGUUAUAGAAAUUGUAUGACACUAUAAGCAAAGAGUAAAAUUUUAGAAUCUUCCUUCAUAAAAAUAGCUGCAUGAAAGAUAUUUUUCGAAAUGUCUUAUAUACAUAUACAUUGCUCCAAUUUUAAAAGCUGUAAGCAUUUUUAAAGUUGCAUACAAGUGAUAUGUACUCUAUUUGUAAAUAAGAUAGUUUGUAAGAUUAUUACUUUAAUAAUUCAUUAAUGUAAAAAUGUCAUCAUUUAAAUAUUUUGGAUGUCCAAAACGAUACAGGGUGAACAAGACGAAAGACAAAGAUUUUUAAUGGCUUACAAACUCUAUUUUAAAACUUUCCAUUUUACCAAAACUAAAAUUUGCAAUACAUUAGUUGUCUUUAUGUAAUUGUUCAUCUAUCGACAAAAAACUGUAUAAUACUUAUAUUAAUCUUGUGAUAUACUUGACUUGAUAUUAAAAGCAGCAUAGCGUUUUUUAUUAUU